CGUCCCGCCGGUCGCCAGCUUUGUACUCUGUACCAGUGUACCACGAUUAUAAAGAACUUUAUAAUCGUGCAGUGUUCUAUUGAACUAUAUAAUAACUUAUAUAUUAUAAUUUACAAUUAUUAUGAUAUAUAGUUAUUAUAUAGUUCAAUGGUCUGUCUGCACUCACUUUACAACUUAAUAUUUAACACCCAUAAUAUUAUCGUCUUCAUGUUGUUGUUUACUGUAUAAGUUAUUACAAUCACGAUGUUCUCGCGGAUUACAAUUUUUCAAUAAUUAUCAGAUUUCUUAUCUGCGGUUUUAAUCAUUUUAAAAAAAACUCAGUUCUCAUAAUCGGUCUGUUAUUCGGUAUUCCGGUUAUCUAAGUAGAUACUUAGUACAAUAUGAUAUUACACUAUUAGUACUAUGUCCAUGUCAAAUAAGCUAUAUUGUUCAGUGCGAGUAAAUAAUAUAUAAUAUUUUCAUUAUUAAUACAAAAAAAAAUUUAUCCGGGCCUAAUUAUCAUCAGCAUAACCCAUAAGAAUUUAAUGAUUUAUACCUAAUAUUAUUAUAUUUCGUCGAGGACAAAAAUGAACGAUACAUCAGAAAGCAAUUAUGAGAUGCUUCAAGCAUUGUAUGAUUACAAAGAUACUUCAUCCGAGAGAACACUAGAUUUCAAAAUGAAUGAUGAGUUUUUCAUUUACCGAGAUGUUGCUGAUAAAAAGAGUUGGUGUUUAGUUAUCAACCAUACUGGUGAUUUAGGAUACGUGCCAUAUAAUUAUGUUAAAACCAUUUAUGUAAAGGAUACUCAUGUAUUAAAAUUCCUAGAGAAUUGUCUUUUGGCAGUUCAUCAAAAACUUGAUGUGAAUGAUAAUUGUUCUGAUAAAUUUAAGCUAUAUGAAUCAUUAUUGAGACGACAAAAAAAAUUCAAACAGAAAUCUUCAUUUAAUACACUGGAUACGCCAAUACAGUGCAAAACCGUUGAUAAAGGUAAUCAAUCAGAAACAUAUGAACAAACAUUAAAUGAAACUGGAAAUAGUUUAAGUGUUUCAAAAAAACCAAAGGAGAUAACUAUUCCAGAUAUUUAUGAAGUAGUGCAGCAAGUAAGAAAUCAUACAGGAUUGUCAUACAACUUUUCUCAAAUAGCUGUUUCUGUUGUGAUUCAAUAUUUGUCUGAUCUAGUUGAUGAAUCAGCAAAGUCUAGUCUCAAUAGUGUACGCGAAAUUAUUGAUACUUUUCCUCCUACAAGUGCAACAUUACCAGUGGAAUGUUUGGAAAAUACUAAGGAUGGAAAAUGCAUGCAACAGUUAUUGGAAUACUUAACAGCUGCUAAAGAAGAUUCACAACAACGUUCAUGGCAAAUAUUUGAUGAUCAUGUUCAAAUUGAAGAAUGUUUAAUUGAGCUCACGAGCAUCUUGAAAAAUGCAGAUCCCAUGGUCAUAAAUCAUGUUUUAAAAAUCGACCAAUAUACAUCAAUUAAUAAUUUAUUAGAAUAUUAUCAAAUGGAAUUACGAUGGGUGAUUCAAAAACAUUUGCUCAACAUAUUUUCAGAAUUAUGCAAACUUAAUUUUGUUGUUGUUGAUAUUAUAAUUAAUUCCAUACUGCCAAUGGAAUUAGCAAGAGAUAUGCAAAACAACAAAGAAGAUUUAAACAAGCAAGUCAUUCUUUCUGAAUUUCUAACACUCAUUUUAUCUGUUGGAGAGACUUUACCAAUUUCAUGCUUUGAAUAUAUGAAUGUGGACUUCGUUACCAAAAUACUAAGUGAUAUAGAGGACAAUGAACUGAAAUCUUCUGAUGAUGAAAAAAAGACUGAAUGCAUGAUCAACUUACUGUUGUCUUAUAAUCUUCAGUUUCCCAAAAUCGAAUCAAACAUAACUUUAAAAGGGUUGGCCCAGAGAGACAAUGCUAAAGUACUUACAGAAAAUUUGUUGAUUUUACUUAAUACUGAAAUGUUAAAUGACAUUCUUGCUGACUCAAAAACUGCUAAGCUGUUUUAUGUUAAUGAUAUAGAAGUUUUAGUUGAUAUUAUUAUACGUCAAUUAUUGAAUAUUCCAUCUGAUGAAAUGGCUCGUACUUCAUACUUGGAACUUUGUAAGAAUGUGAUUUUUAAUACGGAAUACUUAGACCGCAGACAUAAAUUAUCAGAUUUAAAUAAUUGCCUUCAAGAAAUUCUUGUCGAUGAUAGUUCGUGCACAAAAGAUCAAGAUGUUUGUAUUAUUAAGGAAAUUUAUUUAAAAUAUCCAGAAUUGUUCAAAUAAAAUUGUCUGAAUAUUAUAUUAUAUUUGUUACUAAAAUAUAAUAGUUUGCUUAUUUACUAAGUUGAGUAUUAAUCAAAAUACUAAAUUUGCUUGCAACAAUGUUGUGUAAUUAUUCCUAUAUGUUACUUUUAUGUGCCAAAUAUUAUCUUAAACAUUUUAUUAAUAUUAAAAUUUUGAUUUUUCUUCUUUAAGCUUGUAGCUGUAUCGGAUGUUACAAAGUUUUUAUAUUUUUAAAUUUUAUUUCAUAUUUAACAAUGUUAUAGCAAUAAAUAUUUAUU